AUGGGCAACGCGGUACUGGACACAAAAACGUCAUUAUUAAGAGAACAUCCUCCUUCUUCAUAUUCCAUCAAGUUUGAAAAUCUUACAGAACUCAACGAUGACAAAUACGAAUCAAGUCUUUUCGCGGUCGGCGGGUACAACUGGAGAUUGGUCAUAUAUCCAAAAGGAAACGCAAAAGAUGAAGGGAGUGGAUUUAUUUCCAUGUAUGUGGAGAUUGAGAGCACAAACCUCUUGUCAACACCACUAACUGAUGUGUUUGCAUAUCUCAUAUUCUUUGUCUACAACAAGAAAGCAGACAAAUACUUUACUAUUAAAGAUACAAAAUUGAAGCGGUUCAGUUCAUUGAGAACGGUGUGGGGAAUGUCUCAAGGAGGGCAAUGUGAAUUUGGUGUUGACGUAUUGGUUGCUCCAUCCCUUGCUAAAUGGGAAGUCGUGUCCUUUAAUCAGAAAAUCCCUAAUCCCAAGUUCUCCUGGACUCUCAAGAAAUUUAAAGAGUUGAAAGAGGAUUCUUACAACUCGGAUAACUUUUUGGUAGGAGGAAGACAAUGGUUUCUAAAACUGUACCCGAACGGCGAUGCUAGAGCCAAAGGCAAGUCCAUAUCCAUUUAUUUGACUCUAAGGGAUGCUGAGACACCCAACGUAGAGGAGAAAAUCUACACGCGAGCACAUCUCAGAAUUGUAGAUUCUCGUGGAACCACUAAUCACAUGUCUGGGACUUUGAACUACUGGUACACAAAGCUAAACUUAGGCUUUGGUUGGUCUACAUUUGCGUCUUUAGAUAAACUUCGGGAGGCGUACUUGGACAACGAGGGUUCUUUGAAUGUAGAGAUUGAAUUUGCAGUUGUUUCUUCCACCAAAUACUCUCCCAGUAUCUAA